GGAACAAGUUGUUACAACAAAUUUCGAAAACACCAAACAAUCUCAGACAAAAUUAAAACAAAAACAAAAACAAAAUAACACCUUAUAUAAACAAUGCCUCCAAAUCCCAAGCAUCGUGAUCUAGCACCAUUUCUAUAUCGUUUUCGUAACUUCCUAUUGGGACGCAAGCACAAAACGAAUAAUCGUUAUGCUGAUACCAUGUCACCAAGAACUCAACCACCACCCGAGAUCCCAGAUGGACCACGCAGUCCACCUGAUAUACAUCAAGUCUAUUACUUUUCAAGGGAUCCGCGCGAUAUGGUUAGGCCACCCAUCGAUCUGGUUGCUGAGCAGAAGCGUCAAAUAGCAGCCAAGGCCAAGGCCAAAGCGGACGCAGAGGCUAAGGCGGCUAAAGCAGCUUCUGCUGGAAAAGAUUCUCCACCUGCAAAAGGUGCUCCACCUCCAAAAGCCCCGCCAAAGGAUGCUGCACCACAACCAGUAAAAAGUCAAGAAGAUUGUGGACAAGGCGACAAAAAUAAUGACAAAUCUGGUAGAGCUGGUGGAAUAAAAAAAUUGCCUACACCUGGCAAAAUGCAUUCUUGGGAUUAACAUAGAAGACCAUGGUAAAGAGAAAAAUGAGAGUAAAUGAUUAUGAUUAUUAAUAUUAAAAUUAGAUAAUUUGAUUGCAAA